AUGAAGUAUGAAAGAUUUACUGAGUAUGUUUUCAGUUUUAUCAGAAGAUUUCUAUUUUAUUCUGCUUUCGUAUUUAUUUUCCCCUUGCUUUUUUUCGAUGUUAUCGAAUUACAACAUCAUUAAUACUUAGAGGAUGAUAAUUAUUCAAAACUUAUAAAGCAAAUCGAUCAAUUACCCAACUAUUAAAGAGAAUCAAUCUCAGCAUAUCUAAAUAAUGAAUUCUCACUACAAUAUAAAAUUAUAUUCUUGAUUCCAUUAUUAUUCGUUGCCAAAGAGCUUUAAGAAAUAUACUAUAAAGAUCUUGAAGAAUCAUAAAUAGCUUAAAUUGGUCUUAGCAGUAAUGCACCCCCUCCUCCUUUGGUUUUGUAACCUAAACUUAUUUCUGAAUAUGUUCCUUAAAAAAAUGAAGAAAUUUUGCAGAUUGAAAGUUUUUACAGAAAUCAAAACUAAUUUGAAUAAAUUAAAUUGAACGAUGAGGUUAAGAAUAGUAAUAGUAAAUCCAACUAAACAGAUUUAAUAAAUNGGUACUUACAGAAGUAAUCUCAUCUUUUCUAUUUGAUAAACAAAUGUCUUGAUAUUGUUUUGAUCUUCCGCAGUAAAAUCUUGGACUUUAAAAAUAUUGAUAAUUUUUACAUUCGUCUUAGCCUUAAAGCAUGUUAAUAUUAAAAUUAACUAUUAAAUUAAGCAGUUAUUUUUUGA